UUCCAGGCACGCACAUUUAACAAGAAGGAUUUGAAAUAAGUUUUCAAUUGAUCUACCUUGCUAAUAAAAUACUAGCGACACUGCAUUCCCAAAAUGUCAAAAAUACAAUUGCUCAAUGUGUUUCUGCGCGAGCGAUUGAUAGCGACUGCUGUAGAGAUAUUUGGAGUAGUUGAAAAGACGAUAGUCGAGUAUCAAGAAGAAAUCUCCCGUUCGAAGGAGGAGAACGAACGGUUACAGAAGCUGUUGGAUUUGGUCAUUAAACCACAAAUCAAGUUACAUAGAGCAGACCCUAGGCAGCAUGUCUCUGAAGAAGAGGUUCCCCUUGAGCAGGAGAUGAGGAGCCCCAGUCUGCGGCAAGAAAGUUCAGAGCCCACACAAAGUACAGAGGAACAGGACCUCAGGACAAGACUGGUAGAAGAGCAACUGCAAAGGUCUGAGUCUCAUAGUCAAAACAUAGAGUUUGUGUUCACUCCUCCUUGUGUGAAAAGUGGGUUUGACCAGGACCCUUGGCCCUUGCACCUUUUCCAAACCCAGAUUGUGGAGGACAAUGAGAAUAAUAAUCUGUCGAGCACCCUAGUGGAACACAUGAAAACAGAACCUGAUGGAGAGGGCUACGGAGUACCAACGAGUGACCCACAGUUCCUGUUUGCAGGAAACGCACACUGUUCUGCAGCUCCGAGUGAAAAUUUGAACCGAACAGAGAUUGGAAGCCCUAUUCAACGGAACACAAAGAGAGGACGACCAUUUAGACAUAUAGGAACGCUGUCAGAACUUAUGAAGAGACGCGCUUUGUAUGAGCGAUUUCGAUGCCAUGUCUGUGGAAAGGGGUUCCCAGCAAGGAAGGGUCUAGGGGACCACAUGACGACUCACACAGGGGAGAGACCACACAGCUGUCACCUCUGUGGGAAAGGUUUCAAAGUGAAGAGUCAUCUGAACGAGCAUAUCAGGGUUCACACAGGGGAGAAACCGUUUGUCUGCCCAGUCUGCGGGAAAGCGUUCAGACAGGAUGCUCAUAUGAAAGGACAUUUGAGGAGGACUCACAAGGAGAACCCAUACAGAUGCCAUGACUGUGGCGAAAGCUUCAGUCAGAUGGGAGAGCUGCAAGUGCAUAGCACUGUGGGCUGUGGUCCGAUUGUGCUGGGCCUUUGACGUUACUGUCCUUUCCCUGAUGCCUUUGGUGACACAGAUAUUCUAGUCUGGCAGCCAUGAGAAGGACCAUUGAAAUGUGUUAUUGAACGAACACAGGAAGCAUCUGUCCACAGAGUUAGAAAAGUUUGAUGGCGAAGCUCCUUUCUUUGCCAAAAUUCAUUAAAGGGAGGGCGUUUCUAGAAAGCAUGUAGCCUAUGUGGGUGGUUGUCUGUACAGUGCUGUGAAAAAGUAUUUGCCCCCUUUCUCUACUUUUACAUAUUUUGGGUACUGAAUGUUAUCAGAUCUUCAACCAAAACCUGAUAUUAGAUGAAGGGAACCUGAGUGA